CAGAUCUUCAGCGUGGCCGAGUCCAUCGCCCACCCAUUCUACAACCCCCGUGCCGUGGACAACGACAUCCGCCUGCUCCAGCUCAACAGAUCGGCCACGCUGAACAAGUACGUGAAGCGGAUCCGCCUGCCCCCACCACACAUUGACCUGAAGCCCGGCACUGUCUGCUACGUGGCGGGCUGGGGGGACACAUCCAACUUUGGAGAGGAGCCCACCGAGCUGAUGGAGACUAACACCACCAUCGUCAAGCGGAGCCUCUGCCGGACGCUGUGGAGGGGCAAGGUCUCGGCCAACAUGCUGUGCGGGGCCAGCCGCAAUGCCACCCUGCAGGGUGUCUGUGCCGGUGACUCCGGGGGACCCUUGGUCUUCAAGGACAAGGUUUAUGGCAUCGUCUCCUUCUCUGGGGAGAGAUGUGGGGACCGCCGGUUCCCUGAUAUCUACACCAAGAUCUCCAACUACAUUGACUGGGUUCAUCACGUUGUGCAAGGGUUCCGCCGUCAGAAGGGGUGGCUGAAGCCCUAGUGUGGCUGGGAGUCCUGGGGGCAGGCGGGCUGUGGGAAGAGGGGCCGAGAUGUCUCAUGGGAGAGAAGAGGACCAGAAAUUCCACAUCCUCCAGCUCUGGAGGGGCUGGGAGCUGAUGCUCAGGGCUCCUCGACCCAGGUCAGGGCAGGAGCCCCUCUCUGCCCAUUGGCAAGGGGUGUUGUGUACCCCCGAGGCUACACCAGAAGCCCCUGGUACAUCCUCUCGCAGCGGCAACAUUUACCUUCCUCAAUAAAC